AGAUACAUGUUUCAUAAUAUAUGAAUUAUAAUAUUAUAAAAAUAUUAAAAAAUGGAAAAUUAUUAUUGUGAAGUUUGUUCAGUACAAUUAAUGGAUCAUACUCAAUUCGUAAAUCAUUUAUCAGGAACAAACCAUUUAAGAGAAGUUCAAUUUAAUAAAUUUAAAGAAUGGGUAGAACGCUCUAUAUUUAUUCCUUGUUUACCAAAAAAUUGUACCAAAUAUAAACUAAUGGACUUUUUCGUAAAUUUUGGGCCAAUUGCAAAGCUCAGAAUUAAUAAGGAUUGGGCUAUUAUUGAAUUUAAAAAAAGAGAACCCACGGAAGACUUAAUAAACAAACCGAUCUGGUUAAAUAAUCCAAAGUUAAAUAUUCCAAAAAGAAUAUUUUAUAAUAAUGAUCCAAAAGAUUUUCAUGAUAAAUAUGUUGCAGAGACAACGAAAAUUAUAGAUUUGGAUUCUAUAAAGAGUAUAUUCAAUAACGAAACUACAUUUGAAAUACAACUCGAAACAUUUUUGAAUACAGUACUGCUUAAUGAUAAAGAAAUUGAAGAACGAUAUGACUCAAUCUGUAAAUUUUUAGAUGAAAUAUUUGCAAGUGAAUUUCCAAAAUGUCGAUUCGUUAGAUUUGGAUCUACGCGAAUGGGACUAGCAUUUAAAGAUUGCGAUUUGGAUGUUUAUUUGGAUAAUGAUGAGCCAAUAUGUGAAUCAGAAAGACGUUGUAAGACGGAAAUGCUUUUUAGUAAACUGGAACCUGUAAUGAAAAAGUUGAAUUACAUAUUUAAGAAUAUAUUACUAACACUAGAAGACAAAAAUCCUAUUAAAUUUUAUUUUGUUCCGAAUAAGGUUUCUUGUCAUAUGUCAUUUAAAAACGAUUUUGCUAUACAUAAAAGUUAUUAUAUCAACUACUGUCUUUUACUGGAUAGAAGAAUAAGACCAUUAAUGGUUAUCAUUAAAUUUUGGGCAAGACAAAGUAAAACGACAGGUAACGGAAAAAUAUCCAAUUAUACAUUAUUAUUAUUAAUAAUAUUUUAUUUACAACAACCGGAAACAAGGAUACUUCCAUCUUUAUUGGAACUCCAGAAAACGUGUAGACCUAAAUUUGUUCAUUGUUUUCAAGUAAAUUUUGAUAUAAAUACGGUAUUAUUACCUAUUAACAAUCGUAGCACAAUUCCACAACUUUUGACAGGUUUUUUCAACUACUAUGCUAAUUUUUAUUUUAAUACCAUUAUCAUUUGUCCUAAGCGCGGCAUGGCAUAUUCAAACGCAUUGAUACGCGAAAUUGAUACUUCCCGUAUGCCCUACUAUAUGUAUGUAGACUUUAAGUUUAUGCAGACUAUAUGUAAGGAAAAAGCUAAUGCUUAUAUUCAAGAUCCCAUUGAAUUAAACGAUAAUUGUUUUGACUCUAUAAGUAAAAAAGAUAUAGCAACAUUUAAAAAAAAUUGUAAAAUAAGCGCAGAGAUCUGUAAUUCAUCUCAAGAGAACAAUUACAAAAAUCUUUUAGAAAAUUUAUUUACGUAUGAGGAUUACGUAAUAUAAAUCAGUAGCUUUAUUGCAGUGUUAGCAAUAUGUUCUGGCUCAUAUAUGAAUGUCGGUUUACCAGAUAAUUUUCAAAACCAUGCUGACAUAAUUGACAAAGAACAAUAUAUAAAGGAUAAUUAUUACUUUCUAGUAUUUAAUAUUGUGAAAAAUAUUUUUGGGAAAGUGUGCAAACUACAAGUGCAAGUUUUUUCUACUGACUAAGAAACUAAAUAACAAAAAGUUGAAGUUUUAUCCUAUAUACAUACAAAAAAACAUCAACAUCAUUACAAAUCUUAUAUUUUGUAUACAAAAUAUCAUACAGAAACUAACUUGUGUACCUGAAUACAAUAAAUUGAUGGGUGCUAUGGACAAGACCGAUAUGGUCAUCAGCACUCUCUCACAUUCUACGAGAAAAACGA